AUGGAUCCUAUCUCUGGCUGUUUGACCGUCACAUCCGUCUCCAGCUACACCAUCACCAACAACCCCAGCGCAGACCCCCUUGACACCACGAGAGCAACGAGCAACAACCCAUAUUUCUCCGAGAAGGAGCUCGACAGCGAUGUGAGCUCGAGCGAAGCAUCGAGUCAAGACUCAACGCAACACCAUCCCCUUUCAAAGAACGCCCAGCCGAUGAAACGAACUAUGAGCGACUUGACCGUGCAAGACCAUGGGAAGAGGCAGGAUUCUGCUGCAGACGAGGUACAGGCCGUGCUCCGUUUCGACGAGGGAACCAGUCUUCAUGAUGACCAGCCCACCACGUCUCAGUCUAGGUCUUCCCUGCGACCUUCCCGUCCAACACCCCAUCGCUCGUCGAGUACCUCGCAGAUCAGACUCCGCUCGCAGUACCACGACCCUGCUUCGCCGCCGGCAAUCCUCCAGGAGCAGCUCAUCACGCAUACCAAACACGCAGCCAGACAUGCCGUCCAGCCCACACGCUCUGGACAGAUGCGAACAGUGAGCAAACGAGUGUGCUACACCAGUAUACGCAGAUCGGGGCCAGACGUCCAGUGGUAUUCAUCUACACACUCGAGCUCAGAUGCAGACUUACCAGAAAGUCCCACGCAAUCCAAGGAGCCCUACCCAAAGACAGCACCGCUCAAGACCUGUCUGAAGCACAAAGCGAAGAGCGCCACGACGAGCCCGCCAAGUGAGCCACGUGAAGAUGCUGAUACGUCGACGGGCCCUAGGAUCCUGCGGCGCGUCAAGACUGUAGAUUUUGAGGAGGCGACGAAGCCGUUACUCCUCCUAUCCCCACUGCCGGCUACCGCAAAGAAAGCCACCGAUGACAAGAUGAAGCGCGAUGUAUCGAAGCGAACAGGCCGCGCCCGACCACGCUGUCCCAGCACGCCCAACACGAAGAAAAGCGCCCUGGCAGGCACGGCAGUCACGCGCGCAGAUGUGCAUGUAAUCGCCACAGCAUUCACCAGCGACCCAACCUCCACCUCAGCCCCCUCUCCAGCUACCGCAACCCCCACAAAGCAGAUCAUAGAAUCGCAAACCACUUGCUACGAAAUCCUCUGGGAUGCCAUCCCCCCCACACCAACCCGCCGACGGCGCACAUCCUCCCUGCGAUCGAGCGCCACGCGUGGCCUCGAGCGCGUCAAUUCGAAGCUGGCGGAUUGGUCGGGCACGCAGAACGCGCCGACGCUCGUCGUCUUCCCCGACGACGACGGGUACGCACUAACCGACGACGAUGACGAUGGCGAGGAGGAAGACGAGGAUGGGCAUGAGGAAGGGCAUACACCCAUCCUCGCCCCGCCAAACAGCCAGCAUACCAGCGCCACGCCGUCCCGCCCACCAUCCCGCGCUGCAUCGCUGGAUGGCCUUAGUCCCACGGCCGCAGGUCUGAACGGCACAUCACCACUGCUCGCUCCCCAUCCCGAGUCCGCACACGGGGGAGUAAGUCGAAAAAAGCCCCCCACUUCAUCUCGCAAACUGUCGAACCUCGAAGACAGCGAUGUGAAGUUCCGCGGCCAUCGCGACUCGGUUACGAUUGCGCAUACGCGUCUGAUUCGCGGUGGGGGCGUGGUGCCGGAAUUGUUUGCGCGCGAGGAGAGUGUGGCGAUGGGGAGGAGGCGGAUGCAUGCGCGGAAUCGGGCAGCGGCGGGGGCGGGGGUGAGGGAUUUGGGGGAGUGA